AUGGUUGAAAAUGACCGGUUGAAUUAUAUUUGGUUUAACCAACCAGCAUUACGUGUCGCACCUUAUGGAGACUUGGCCGAGGCUGCUCAAGAAGGAACUGAAGAUGCUUCUGCGAUGGGAAACUGCAUUAUUAUUCUGUCUUCUUUUACGGGUGGCAACCAUUAUAUGCAACAUAAUUACUUAGACGCAAUGACUUUGGUUAAGUUGUUUGGUUAUCCUGAUCUUUUUUUAACCAUUACAUGUAAUCCUAAAUGGCCAGAGGUAAUUAGAUUCGUUGAAUCUGAAAAUCUUAAACCCGAAGAUAGGCCCGAUGUUUUGACAAGAAUAUUCAAAAUAAAACUUGAUUCACUAAUCACUAGACUCAGGGAAGAAAAUUUUUUGGGUGAAGUCGAUGGAGUGUCAAAAAAUGGGUCUUCCACAUUGUCACAUAUGCCUAUUUUUAGAAAAAAAAAGUCUAAACUUCCAAAUCCCAAAGACAUAGAUUGUGUUAUAUUUGCUAAAUUGCCAGACAAGGAACUUGAACCAGAUUUUUUACCGAAGACACAACAACGGAAACAAUGUCGUGAAAACGGAGUUUCUUUGGACAAUAGAUAUGUUGUUCCAUAUAAUAAGAUACUUUUGAAGCUAUACCAAGCCCAUAUGAAUCUUGAGUGGUGUAAUCAGCUUGGAUCGAUAAAGUACCUUUUUAAGUAUAUUAACAAAGGUCUAGACAGUAUCACCGCGUCUUUUUAUGACACCAAAAAUAACAAAAAACAACAUAAAGAAAAUAACGAUCGUGAUGAAAUUGUUGAGUAUUACAAUUGUCGUUAUAUUUCUACUUGUGAGGCAUGUUGGAGACUUUUUAGGUAUGACAUUCAUUAUAGAACACCACCUGUUGAAAGGUUGUCGUUUCACCUACAAGACAAACAACCUAUUGUGUUUAAACCAUCCCAACGUGUUACUAAUGUUGUUUCUAAACCAACUAUUGUUGCUUCUCAAUUUUUGGCCUGGAUGGAAUGUAAUAUGUUUGGAAUAAAUCAGAUAAAGUAUGGACAAAAAGGUCCUAUUUGCUAUGAAGAUAUUAGAACAGUUAACAGGGCCAUUUAUGACUCUUACAAAGAUGUUUGUUACGCUAUUGGUCUAUUAGACGAUGAUAGUGGGUACAUAUCUUCUAUACAAGAAACAAAUCAUUGGGUCACCGCUUCUUUCUAUAGGUCUCUAUUCGUUAUGUUGAUUACAUCAGAUAGUCUAUCCCGGCCUCAUCAUGUUUUUAAAAAGACAUAUAAUUGUCUUUCUGAUGAUGUCGUUCAUGUUCGUGAACAAGAAAUAAACGUGAAAGGUAACGAUGUAGCUGCCUUGUUGAACAAAGCGAGCCUUAUAAUUUGGGACGAAGCCCCGAUGAUGCAUCAUCAUUGUUUCAAAGUAGUUGAUAGGACACUUAGAGAUAUUAUCCUUCCAUUAGACAAUGAUAAACCAUUUGGAGGAAAGACCAUUGUAUUUGGAGGCGACUUUCGACAAAUUCUUCCAGUAAUACAAAGACGAAAUCAUUCAGAUAUUGUGCAGGUAUCAUUGCAUUCAUCAAGAUUAUGGCAUGAAUGUAUAGUUUUACGUUUGACUGUAAACAUGAGGCUUCAGGUCGGUUGUCCAAACAAUGAUUUCGAAGAGACAAAAUCAUUUGUUGAUUGGAUUCUUAAAAUUGGUGAAGAUACUAUCGAUGGUCCUAAUGACGGUGAAGUUGAAGUUGAAUUUCCAGAAGAUGCGAUCGUUCCCUCUAUGGGUGACCAUAUUCAUUCAAUUGUAUCCUGCAUUUAUUCAUCCUUUCAGAACCAUCUUGAUGAUCCAUUGUAUUUUCAAGAUAAAGCUAUUUUGGUCCUUACUAAUGAAGAAGUUGAUGCUAUCAACGACUACAUGUUAGAAUUGAUGAAAGAUGAAGGGAAAACAUAUCUGAGUUCAGAUUCCUUAUGA